AUGCAGUUCUUUAUUUGCAGGUUAUCAUGCGCGGGCGACGCGUGCCGCCGCGUCCCCCUUCUAACAGAGGUACUGCACCGCUGGAAUUAUUAUAACAAGUCUUCGAACGCGUCUUCCACUGCACCUUGUUCUGGUCUAGACACGAACAGGCAGAAAAUCGUGUUCCUUUUGUUGGCUCAAAGGCAGAAGUAUGUGUCGUCACUAAAUAUCUUGGAUCGUGACGGUUGGAAGCGAGGAACGCGUGUGCCCAAUAGACUGGCGGCCGUCAAGACGGCAGAUGCUCGCAAUUGUCCAAGUCAAAGAUCAGAGGAAGUGGCUGUGAUGCACGAGCAGCUGGGAGGCGCGUGCGCCCCGUUACUGAACAACACUCUCGGAGCAAUUGUUCGCAAUUUGGCCUCUCUAAUUGAGGGUAUAAAGCCCGUUUUUCCACGAACGGAGGCCGUCGCCAACUACGAGCGUGUAAAAGGCGCCACGCUGCGCGGCUCGCAGGUCUUUUGUAUCGUUAAUUUCAUUGCUCACCCCUGCUCAUCAAAGAUUGCCCCUCAGUCCUCCACUGCCGACGGGGGUCCAACAGACCCGCUCAUCAAUUACGGAGAGCCGACUGUUGCCCUCUCCACGUGUCACAGGAUCCGUCAACAGUCGUUCGGAAACCGCGCAGUAGCACCCACCGCGCGUGAUGGAUCGCAGGCCGGCUUCAACUACUUAAACAUUGGCCUUUUCCCGAAAAUUAGAGAAAAAAAAAGCCAGCGGGGCCCUAAGACAAUGAUCCGGCACGCCGUGCCACAAAGCGCUCGCUGCGCCGCGCCCGAAGCACAAAACGCUCAUGCUACGAUGAUUCAAGGAAAUCAGCUCGUUCCU